CCCCCAAAACCCAAAGAAAAAUUGGAAAUUGCGUCUCUCUCUCUCACACACACAGACACACACUCUGAGUGAGGGAAUUCUAGUUUGAGAAAAAGAUUUCCGGCAAAUUCGGAAAAUCGCCGGCCAUCAGAUCGAUCCGCCGGUCCCUUCGAUUUCGCGCCAAAAAUCCCAAAUUUUUCUGGAUAAAAGAAUGUUUUGAUGCGAUUUUAGGCGGAAGUAUAUAUGUGAGGAUGCGUGCCCUUAAAUGCGGGACAUGUGUCGGAUGCAUCGAAUUUUGAAUUUUUGGGAUCGGAAUUGCAGCACCACAGCGUUUAGGUUCCGCAGCAAAGGUUCAUACUUUUCGCCUGCGAGUGACUUAUUUUUUGUGAUUUCACUUUUUUGAGGAGAUCUAAGGUAUUUGCUGAAAUUGCUAAGAUAAAAGGGUGUGUUCUACGCUUUCGCAAGCUCUGAAUUCUGUGCUGUCCUGAAACGGCUGGGUUUUAACACGGACUCCGGCGUCCAUUGUCUUUGGGAGUUUGUUGAAUUCAAGCUUUGUUCAAUUCUCAUUAUGAGCUCACAGAAGUUGUUUCUAUAGGCAGUGGCCUCGAGACAACGUUGCUUGAUUUUUUUCAAUUAUUCCAAGGUGGGGAUUGGGGUCACUCUUCUCUGUGGGGCUUUCUCUGAACUUCUCCAUGCAAUCCGGUGGUGGCCCCCAACAGGGUGGAGGCGGUGGCCAUGGCCGGAGUAAUGCCGCCUCAGCCUCUGCUUCUCCGUCCUCAUCGUCAUCCGCAGCGUCCGCAUUUGAUCAGCAGCAACAGCAGAGACAGCAACAGCAGCAGCAGCAGAGACAGUCGAUGGCUCAACAGUUUCUGAGGAGACCUGAAGGGAAUGAUGCCAUUCUGUCGUACCAAGCUGGCACAAUACAAGGAACCCCAGGGGCGACCAAUUUUUCUGCAGCAUCUGGCUCCACACAGCUGCCUCAACAGCCUAGGAAGUUCAUUGAUUUGGGCCAGCAGCAUGGUUCCCCCAAUAUUACGGACCAAAGUCAUAAUAGAAGUCAAGGUGUUGAGCAACAGAUGUUGAAUCCGAUACAACAAGCUUAUUUGCAGUAUACAUUUCAGUCAGCCCAACAGACACCUACCUUAGGAAUGCAAUCGCAGCAGCAGGUGAGACCAGCCAUGUUUGGUUCUCUUGGAAAAGAUCAAGAAAUGAGGAUGGCAAGCAUGAAAAUGCAAGAGCUGGUGUCCAUGCAAGCAGCAAAUCAGUCUCAGGGUACCUCCUCCAAGAAACCCUCCGAGCAGGUUGUUCAGAGUGAUAAACAUGCAGAUAACAGACACCGCCCUAUGCCCGAUCAGAGAAGUGAAUCCAAACUGAACCCUCCUCCAUUAGGCGGUCAGGGAAUCCAACCUGCACCUAUGCAAGCUCCACAAUCUCAGCAAAAUAUCAUGAACAUGCCAAACAAUCAGAUAGCUAUGGCUGCACAGAUGCAGGCAAUGCAGGCAUUGGCUCUUGAGCAUAAUAUUGAUCUGUCACAUCCUGCAAACGCAAAUGUGGUUGCGCAGCUUAUUCCAUUAAUGCACUCCAGGAUGGCUGCUCAGCAAAAAGCUAAUGAAAAUAGUACUGGUAUCCCUUCUGUAUCCUUUGGUAAACAGCAUGUUACCUCUCCGUCAGUUGGAAAUGACGGUUCUCCCCAUGGUAAUUCCUCAAGUGACGUGUCAGGACAAUCUGGGUCUUCUAAAGUUAAGCAGGCAGUUUCACCUAGUACUCUUGGUGUGAGUUCCAAUGCAGCUCUACCUAACAAUUGCAGCAGCACUUCUGCCCAACAGUUCUCUGUGCCACAUAUGCCCCCUAGGCAGCAUUCCUCUCUUGGUCAUGGAAUGCCUCCUAUGCAUCCUUCGCAGUCACCAGGGAAUCUGAGCCAAGGGGUUGACAGUUUUCUUGCAAAAACUUCUGUUGCAGAAGCUUCUCAGGCACAAAAUGCCAGACAACUUAAUCGGUCUCCUCAAUCCGUAACUCCAUCUAAUGAAGGGGAUUUGUGUAAUCCAUCAACAUCUCAGGGGGGAACCAGUUCACAGAUGAGACAAUUACACACUGGUUUUACCAAGCAGCAGUUGCAUGUACUUAAAGCACAGAUUCUUGCAUUUAGGCGUCUGAAGCAAAAAGGCGAUGUAACUUUGCCACGUGAACUGCUCCAAGCUAUUACUCCUCCACCACUUGAUUUACAGAUGCAACAGCUGCUUCCACCUCCCACAAAUGCUGGCAAGGACAAAUUAGCCGGAGAAACUGUAGAGGAGCACACCAAACAUGUGGAGUACAGUGAGAAAGGGGCUGGGGCUGCAAAAUCAGUAGCUGGAGUAGUUAAUAUGAAAACAGAAGGUCCAGGAGAUGAUAGGGCUGCUGCUGCCGCAACUGCGACCAUUCAGAACUCUGUUGUUGCAGCAAAGGAGCAGAGGUUUGUGGGUCCUCCUGGAAAAGAAGAGCCGCAUCAUAUUGGUAGUUCUGGGAAAUGCGAACAAGAGUCUGAACCGGGCAAUCAGAAAACACCUGUCAGGAUUGAUGUUGCUGCAGACAGGGGUAAAGGAAUUGCCUCACAGUCAAGUGCUUCAGAUCCAGUGCAGGUUAAGAAACCCAUUCAAGCAAGUAAUACAUCCCAACCUAAGGAUUCUAGUUCAACACGAAAAUAUCAUGGGCCGUUAUUUGAUUUCCCUGUUUUCACCAGAAAACAUGAGACCCUUGGAUCCUCUAUGAUGAACAACAAUAGUAACUUGAUUUUAGCGUAUGAUAUUAAAGAUCUUUUUGCUGAUGAAGGUGGAGAGAUCCACAAAAGGAAAAGGGCUGAAAAAAUUGGGAAAAUUGAUAAAAUACUUGCUGUGAACUUAGAGAGGAAGAGAAUUAGACCAGAUCUUGUUAUUCGGCUUCAAAUUGAAUCAAAGAAACUUCAGCUUGUUGAGUGCCAGACACGCUUGAGGGAUGAGAUUGAGCAACAGCAACAAGAAAUAAUGGCUAUGCCUGAUAGACCAUACAGGAAAUUCGUUCGACUGUGUGAACGUCAGCGCCAGGAGCUUAACCGGCAAUCACAGGCUAAUCAGAAGGCAACUAGGGAGAAGCAACUAAAAUCCAUAUUCCAUUGGCGCAAAAAGCUUCUUGAGGCACAUUGGGCUUCUCGUGAUGCUCGAACCGCCCGCAAUAGAGGAGUGCAUAAAUAUCAUGAAAAGAUGUUGAGAGAGUUCUCCAAAAUGAAGGAUGAUGAUCGCAAUAAAAGAAUGGAAGCCUUGAAAAAUAAUGAUGUGGAAAGAUAUAGAGAGAUGCUUCUGGAACAACAAACUAACUUACCUGGGGAGGCUGCAGAAAGAUAUGCUGUUCUCUCAUCAUUUUUAAGUCAAACUGAGGAGUAUCUUCACAAAUUGGGCAGUAAAAUAACAGCCACUAAAAAUCAGCAGGAGGUUGAGGAGGCAGCUAAUGCCGCUGCCACCGCUGCACGUGCCCAUGGUCUCUCGGAAGAAGAAGUAAGAGCCGCUGCUGCCUGUGCGAGAGAUGAAGUCAUGAUAAGGAACCGGUUUUCUGAGAUGAAUGCACCAAGAGAUAGUCAGUCUGUUAACAAGUACUACAACCUGGCACAUGCUGUGAAUGAAAGGGUCAUAAGGCAGCCUUCAAUGCUACGAGCUGGAACCCUACGAGACUAUCAACUUGUUGGUUUGCAGUGGAUGCUAUCAUUAUACAAUAACAAAUUAAAUGGCAUUUUAGCAGAUGAGAUGGGUCUGGGCAAAACUGUGCAGGUGAUGGCCUUGAUUGCUCAUUUAAUGGAAUUCAAAGGAAAUUAUGGCCCUCAUCUUAUUAUUGUUCCCAAUGCUGUGCUUGUCAACUGGAAGAGUGAAUUGCAUAAUUGGCUUCCGAGUGUUUCCUGUAUAUAUUAUGUUGGUGGGAAAGACCAAAGGGCGAAAUUAUUUUCUCAAGAAGUGCUAGCCAUGAAGUUUAAUGUGCUUGUAACUACCUAUGAGUUCAUCAUGUAUGAUCGUUCAAAACUUUCAAAAAUUGAUUGGAAAUAUAUUAUAAUUGAUGAAGCACAACGGAUGAAGGACAGAGAGUCAGUAUUAGCUCGUGAUCUUGAUAGGUAUCGCUGCCAAAGGCGUUUGCUUCUUACAGGGACACCAUUGCAGAAUGAUCUUAAAGAGCUUUGGUCUCUUUUAAACCUACUGCUCCCAGAAGUUUUUGAUAAUAGAAAAGCAUUUCAUGAUUGGUUCUCUCAACCAUUUCAAAAAGAAGGGCCUGCACAUGAAGAUGACUGGCUCGAGACAGAGAAGAAGGUGAUAAUUAUCCAUAGACUACAUCAAAUAUUAGAACCUUUUAUGCUUCGGCGGCGUGUUGAAGAUGUAGAAGGAUCACUUCCUCCAAAGGUCUCGAUUGUUUUGAAAUGUCGAAUGUCUGCAAUACAGGGUGCCAUUUAUGAUUGGAUUAAAUCAACUGGUACUCUUAGGGUUGACCCUGAAGAUGAAUAUCGCAAGUGUCAGAAGAAUCAAAAUUAUCAGGCUAAAACUUACAAAACUUUAAACAAUAGAUGCAUGGAGCUAAGAAAAACUUGCAACCAUCCAUUGCUAAACUACCCAUAUUUCAGUGACUUCUCAAAGGAUUUUCUUGUGAGGUCUUGUGGAAAAUUGUGGGUUCUUGAUAGAGUUUUGAUGAAGCUUCAGAGAACGGGACAUAGGGUACUGCUCUUUAGUACCAUGACCAAACUUCUUGAUAUAAUGGAAGAAUAUUUGCAGUGGCGAAGGCUUGUUUUCAGAAGAAUUGAUGGGACGACUAGCUUGGAAGACCGCGAAAGUGCUAUUGUGGAGUUUAAUCGGCCAGGCACUGAUUGUUUUAUCUUCUUACUUAGCAUUCGUGCUGCUGGACGGGGUCUCAAUCUUCAGUCUGCUGACACAGUGAUUAUAUAUGAUCCGGAUCCAAACCCAAAAAAUGAGGAACAGGCUGUUGCUCGUGCUCACCGUAUUGGGCAGACGAGGGAGGUGAAAGUCAUUUACAUGGAAGCUGUGGUCGGCAAAAUAUCCAGUCAUCAGAAAGAGGACGAGUUCAGGAGUGGUGGAGUAGUUGAUUCAGAUGAUGACCUUGCUGGCAAGGACCGGUAUGUGGGUUCAAUUGAGAGCUUGAUUCGGAAUAAUAUUCAACAGUAUAAGAUUGACAUGGCUGAUGAAGUUAUAAAUGCUGGGCGGUUUGACCAGAGGACUACACAUGAAGAGAGACGACUAACUUUAGAAACACUGUUGCAUGAUGAAGAAAGAUACCAAGAAACAGUUCACGACGUUCCUUCUCUUCACGAGGUAAACCGUAUGAUUGCUCGGAGUGAGGAAGAAGUAGAGCUCUUUGAUCAAAUGGAUGAAGAACUUGACUGGGCAGAGGACAUGACUCGAUAUGAUCAGGUCCCUGAUUGGCUUCGUGCUAAUACACAAGAAGUAAAUACCACAAUUGCUAAUUUAUCAAAGAAGCCAUCAAAGAAUGCUUUAUAUGGUGGGAUGCAACCUCCUGUUGAAGUGGCUUCUGAGAUUUCUGAGAGGAGGAGAGGGCGGCCUAAGGGAAAGACUCCUAUUUAUACUGAAUUAGAUGAUGAAAAUGGAGAAUUUUCUGAAGCAAGCUCCAAUGAUAGAAAUGAAUACUCUGUUCAAGAAGAAGAAGAUGGAGACAUUGGGGAGUUUGAAGAUGAUGAAUCCACUGAAGCGCCUAUAGUUAAUAAGGAUCAAUCAGAAGAAGAUGCUCCUGUUUCUGCUGAUGGAUAUGAAUACCAAAGAGCUUUGGAUAAUGUCAGAAACAAUAGCAUACUUGAAGAAGCAGGCUCUUCUGGGUGCUCUUCGCACAGUAGGAAGUUAAUGCGCAUGGUCUCACCUUCCGUGUCUUCUCAAAAGUUUGGAUCACUUUCUGCAUUAGAUGGCAGGUCCGGCUCCCAAUCAAAGAAAUUGGCAGAUGACUUAGAAGAAGGAGAGAUUGCCAUAUCUGGAGAUUCUCCUAUGAACCAGCAGCACUCAGGUAGCUGGAUCCAAGAUCGUGAUGAAGGUGAAGAUGAACAGGUCUUGCAGCCCAAGAUAAAACGAAAACGGAGUAUUCGGCUUCGCCCGCGGUCUGCUAGGGCAGAAGAGAAGCCUAGUGACAAGUUAUCUCUUCGUCGUGGUGAUCCUACUAUGUUACCACUACAGGUAGAUAAUAAAUACAAGACUCAAGCAAGUGAUGACCGUGCCCGUAAAGUUCUUGGAGAUUCUAGUUGUAUUAAAUCAGAGAAAAUUGAUUCAUCUAUCAAGAGCAAAAGAAAUCUACCAUCAAGGAGAAAUACAGCUAGUGUGCAAUGUGUUCUUAAAUCUGGGAGAGUGAACUAUGAGUCUGCUCUUGCAGAUGAUGCCUCUGAACAACACCUCACAAUAAACUUGGACACUAAAGUUGCGAAGGGGCCUAAAACUAGUGGCCCUAAGAUGUCGGAGGUCAUCCUGAGAAAGUGCAAGACUGUUAUAGGCAAGCUUCAGAGAAGAAUAGAUUAUGAAGGUCAUCAAAUAAUACCACAGCUAACUGAACUGUGGAAAAGAAAUGAUUACGCCAGUGGGGAUGAAGAUAGCCUUUUGGAUUUGAGAAAGAUUCAUAACCGUCUUGACAAAUAUGAGUAUAGUGGAGUCAUGGGGCUUGUUUCUGACGUGCAGCUUAUGUUGCAGUCUAGCAUGCAGUUUUUUGGUUUUUCAUAUGAGGUGAGGUCGGAGGCAAAGAAAGUCCAUGAUCUAUUCUUUGAUAUCAUUGCAGUAGCAUUCUCAGAUACUGAUUUUCGAGAAGCCAGAAGUUCCAUGUCUUUCACUGCUCCUGUUUCUGUGCCAGCCACCUGUCCAUCUUCACGGCAGAUACCUGCUUCUCAGGGCAAGCGCCAGAAAUUAGUAAAAGAGGUGGAUUCAGAAAAUGCUCCUUUCCUGAAGCCACAGACCCGCUUGCCCAUUCACGCUGGUGAGAGUUCUAAAUUCAGGAACUCUAUGCCUCACAAGGAAUCGAGGCUUGGAAACAGCAGCAGUCGGGAUCUUGGCCAACCGGAUGAUACUUAUCCUUUCACUCACCCUGGGGACCUCGUUAUCUGCAAAAAGAAGAGAAAAGACAGGGAGAAGUCGGCUGCAAAGUCUGGAAAUGGAUCAGCAGGUCCAUUGUCGCCUACAGGUAUUGGGCGUGGGAUGAAGAGCCCAGGGUCGAUCUCAGGCGCCAGAGAUAUCGGGUUGAGCCAACAUGGCUGGGGUCCCCUUUCCCCUCAACAAGGGAACAGCAGUGUUGGCUGGGCGAAUCCUGUAAAGAAAAUGAGAACUGAUGCUGGAAGGCGGCGGCCGAGCCAUUUAUGAGUAUUGAAUUAUGUAGCAGUUCCAAUCUGUUUAAAUGAAAAUAUGAUCUGUAAUGUGAUGAUAUCCAAAAUUCUGAUAGUUCUUAUUCAUGCCCUCUACCAUUAUUGCGGCAA